CUCAAUCAUCAUCUCUCGGUGGGCUUUCUGCAUAUAAACCCUUAUCUAAGUGACUCUCGUUCCAUCUUUAAACCUUCAACAGUUAACAACAUUUUCCACUAACCACUUUCAUCUUUGUGAAAAUUUUCUCCAUCAACAUUUUCCUCUGAUCUCAUAUAGCAUAAUUUUUAUAUUCCUUUAAUCAACCAAACGCUUUUUUUAAAAGUUCUACAUUCACCAGAAGAAAUUUUGUUUGACAAUCCAAUAUCCGAACAAAUCGUAUCAGGACCUGGUUUAGUGAUGAGCCAAGACAAUAAUACUUCGGACACUGUUGUCAACAGUCUCUCUUCCGAAUUGGAAGCUUUGAAGGAGAUUUAUCUCAAAGAAUUUCAGACUGAAGAUGAAGAUACUCGGAUCGUUGUAUCUGUCAACUUAUCGCCAUCCACAGCCGAUCUCGUAGAUCAGCAAUAUGUUUGUUUAACUCUUCAACUAACAGUUUGCAAGCAGCAGUAUCCACAUGAGUCACCAAUUAUUAACAUUCGCAACCCGCGUGGUCUCAGCGAGGAUGUCGUUGCAAGUAUUAUCGCAAACGUUAAUAGAAUUGCUGAUGACAGGAAAGGCACAAAUAUGCUUUACCAUUUAAUUGAUUUCGUUAAAGAAUCAUUAACAUCCAACAACUUUCCAAGUGAUAAAUGUAUGAUAUGUCUAUAUGAUUUCACCAAGGAUGAUCAGUUCGUGGUUACCAAAUGUUUUCAUCAUUUUCACUGUUAUUGUUUAGCUCACUAUAUAAAGAAAUCUGAGGAAGAGUCAGCAGAAGCAAGUGGACCAGCUAAUGGAGACAAACCCAGUGAUUCUGAUUCCAAACCAUGUCCAGUUUGCCGUGAUGAUCAAGAUUUCUCUAGCCUAGUUAAACAAGAAGACUAUCCUCCACCCUCUUUAUCGAGUAAACCAAUUCCAGGAGAAACUGUGAUGCUAGAAGAAGCAAGACAAAAGCAAGAAUCAUUCGCUCCCAUGUUCGAGAAACAACAACAACAAGGCGGCAUUAUUAACGAGGAAGAAGAAAAGAACAAGUUUUUACUACGAACAUCCGACAUGAAUGGUGCUGGUUCUUCAAGCAGUACUGGUUCUUCUACUACGUUGACUUCUACUAGUGAAUCUGGAUCUUCAAAGCAAAGUUCUCCUGUUAAAUCUCUUGAAUCUGCAAAUGAAAGUAAUUCAUCAAUCGAUGGCCAAUCUAACAAUGAUAAGUCAAAAGCUAAUGGUCAAGAUGGUGAAGGAAAACAUUCUGAAGAUGAUGAUAAAAAUGAAGAAUGGGCUGAUGCUAAGCCAGAAAUAUCUCCUGAAGAAGAAAAAGAAACUAAAGAGGAAUCAAAAGGUUCUAAUGAUAAAGCAGAAAGUGAUCCGUCCAAAUCUGAUUCGAACUUGGAGAGUUCCAACAAGGAAGAAGCGACGAACGGUAAAAACGAAAGUGAACAAGAUACUGAAGGUAAAGAUGGUAAAACAGAAAAAGAAACUAAUAAAGAGAAUAAAGUAAAACGCAACAAAUCUAGUCGUCGUAACUCUCGACGAAAUCGAACAAGAUCUUCCGGACGAAGAGCAAGUGCUGGCGAUGGAGUAACAACCAAAACAACUAACGGAGAAGCUGCUCCUCAAAAUGAUAAUCGACGAAAUCGUUCUCGUCGACGAAAUCGUACCAGUAGUUAUGAUCCAAAUUCUUAUGGAGCAGACUAUAGAUCUCAAAACUAUAGACCCAAUAAUCGUGGACGACCUCGAAUGAGAGGACAAGGUCGAAACAAUGUUGGUUACUCAAGUAAUGGCGGUUUACCAUCGCCACCUUAUAAACGCAACUUUGGAAAUGGCACUCAAGAAGAAACCAGCAAUCGAUCUGAUUUAUACAAUCAGGAAUCUUAUCGUGAUCGUGAUAGACCAGGUUUCUAUGCUGCUCGAGUUAUCAGGCCAAGUGCGGGUAAUAAUGCAAAUAACAAUUCAAAUCGACCUCGAAAUGGAACCAGAGGAAGUGAAGAUUCUUCAAAGGCAAGCAUCUCCCCUCAAGCUGAUUCCAGUGAAUUGAAUCAAAGUACAAGUGAACAAGAACAGCAAAGUCAACCCCGAAGCCGAAGUAAAAAUAAACGGCGAAAUCGUUCAAAUCGUAAUCGAACCUCAAGCCAAAAUGGACGAUAUAGUGAAAGUGAUUAUCAAAAUACGGAUGUUCAACAAGGGAAUGGUUACUCAAGCUCAAAUUCCAACAAAAUGAACAAUCGUCAAGGUUAUAAUUACGACUACAGAUCUCAAGGCUCAUAUAAUAAGCGAACCUCUUACUACAAUGGUAACUAUCCUAAUUACGGAUACGGUUAUGGUGGUGGCUACAACACAGGAUACGCAAAUGGUUAUAACAAUUAUAGUUAUUAUGAUCGAUUCAAUGGAAACUAUGGAAAUUACGGAAAUUAUAACAAUGGAAAUUAUUAUCGUCAAAGGACAAACUACAAUGAUGCUCCUCAACGAAACAAUAAUUAUCGAUCAUCUAAUUACAGGCCCAGGAAACGGGCUGACACUGGUCAAAGUCAGUCUUCAGUUAAAUCCAACAGCAACAAUACACCAAACGUAUCCACCGUCAACGCGACCACCACAACCACAACCAACAACAGCAACACAACUGAAACAGUAGCACCUUCAGCAGUAGUACCGGCCGAUAACAACGUGGCCGUUGUUGAGGUCACUGCCUAGAGCGUCGGUUUAACCAAGACACUAAAAACUUUUCCCUUCUAAAACAAACUAUUUGUAUCUCUUUUUUGUCACUAUACUUUUGUCGUUAUCUUUAGAUUUAAUUGUUUUCGCUAAUCUAAAAUUCUUUAAAAAGAUGAAAAAUGAUUAGCAGAAAAAGUUAAACAAAAUCAGUUAAAUUGGGAUAUGUUUCACUCUCUCUCUCUCUCUCAAAAUCAACAAAUAUUUGGAGAAUUUAUAAAGAAAAAAUUGUUUCGAAAACAAAUCAACAAAAUCUUGCGAAGAGCCUAAUAACUGAUUAAGUGAUUCAUUUGUAAGAAUAAAAAUAAAAUAUUUUGGCUCCGAUAA